UUAUUUUUAUUUAAUAUUUUUUUUUGAGUAUGUUUGUGACAUGCGCACAUACGACCAUCACCACCUCCAGCAGCAGCAGCAGCAAGAGCAGCGGCGGCAGCAGCGGCAGCAGCAACAGCAACAGAGACCCACUGUGCGACACCGACUCACCGCGAAGACUGACACCGAGAGACGCGUCAGCAGCUGCGGGCACCUGGUGCACUCAGCUGCACACAACAUGCCUCCUCCGCCGCAGAGUCUUCAAUCCAGCGGACUGAGCCUGUCAGAAACAAGCAUGGGCUCCUUUAAGAGGAGGAAGAGGAAAUCCAUUAUAGUGACGGUGAUGCUGCUAAUUGUGUCUGUGCUCAUCCUCAUCUUUGGCCUGGCAGCGACGACCAGGACGCAGAACAUCACAGUGGGCGGCUACUACCCAGGAGUCAUUCUGGGCUUUGGAUCUUUUCUGGGAAUCAUCGGCGCUCAUUUGAUAGAGAACAAGAGGCAGAUGUUAGUGGCAUCCAUUGUCUUCAUCAGUUUCGGAGCGGUGGCUGCCUUCUGUUGUGCGAUCGUUGAUGGAGUCUUUGCUGCGAGGCACAUUGACCUCAGGCCUCUGUAUGCCGGUCGUUGUGAGUAUCACUCCAGUGAGACAGCAUCUGAACGUGACGUUCACUGUCAGACAUCAUCUCGCACGUCCUGUAACCUGCGGGUGAAGAGCAACACCUGUUACUGCUGCGACCUCUACCACUGCGGGAAAGAACAUCCUCUUAUGGGACUUCAGAAUAAAGAUGUUUUGAAAAAGUUUAGGAAAUCAUCCAUGAUUUGGAACCGUGUCGAGGUGCUCGGAGGCUACCAUGCGUACACGGACGUGAACAGCUGCCAGGACGUGGUUUACCUCUAUCACCUGCUGUGGUCUGCUACCAUUCUCAACAUUGUGGCUCUCUUCCUGGGCAUCAUCACUGCUGCAAUCCUGGGAGGCUUCAAGGACAUGAUUCCCUCUCCUGCCUCGGAGAGCUCAUCCGAACCAGAGGCCAUUGCAGCUCCUCUCACUUCAGAGCCUCCUCCACCCACCACUUCUCUCAACUCAUAUUACAACAACGCCCCCUGCCUGCCACCUUAUACUGCCUAUGACCUGCAGGGCUCCUUCAUGUUCCCUGAGUCCGCUGGCCUGUCAGAUGACUCCCAGUCUGGAGCCAGCCACCUGUGGCCCACGAUGGUGCCACCACGUUACUCCCCUCCUCACAACCAUCCCGAGGAGAAGCCCCCGCCGUACAGCCCGUAAGGCGGACCUCCAGCAAAGGAAAAGAAAAAACACCUGAACUGACAUCAGCACAUGGUGUUGGACGCUGAAUGAGUAGUUUGAAUUGCACAGAGCUUGUGGGCUUUUUUUGUCACAGUCGUGCAGAGCUGCAGUGAACGAUGGCCUCAGAGAACACUGAGUUCAACCCUAAACUAAGGAGCACAUGCCUGUCUUCCAGGGCAUCACUCACACACACUCUCUGGCCUGCAUUGUUUGUAUAUGUGUGUGUGCGUGUGUGCACAUACACACGAAGAGAGACACAAACCAGUUCAAAGCCAUGACUGUUUACACAUCUGUCUGCCUUAAUGCAAAAAGGACUUCCAGCACGGCAGCACCUGGAUGUAGUCUGUGCUCUCCUCUCCAGCUCAACAAGCUUUAUAUUUACCUUUAAUUACAACAUAAAGUCAGCGGUCCCUGCCUCAACUGGACCCGAGGACGUGGAACCCAUCAGCGCAGGCAGAUCAAUACAGUUUAGACGAGCGCUUUGUUAUCUGUCUUGAAUCUGGAUCAGGUAGAAUUCACUGAAGUGUAGAGUUGUAAGCCCCAGCAGUGCAGUCCAUAGUGUCACUGUCUAUUAUCACAGGUGAAGUAAGCAGUCGUGGAGGUCGUACACACUCCUCUAAUGUAUGUGAAGUAGUAUAAUAUACAGAUGCUCCUUUAGCAGCUAGGCCUAAGGUAUGGUAUCUAUUUAUCGACUUAAGAAUAUUCUGACCAAUGUGCGGUGAGCCUUGCAGAGCAGUGUUACUGAAGAAGUGUGAGCUAUUCUAUGGUAGUUGUUGAGGCAAAUACACCGAAGUCACACUCUGAAGCUCAUUUAUUGUGUUCCCCACCGACAGCUGCGCAGCAGGAGAGCAGGUCUGUUUCCCCCUCGCUCUCUCUGUGUCUGAAGCAUUUACGUCUUUUCUUUGUCACAAAAAAAUACAAAAACGAUCACCGGUAAAGCUGAGUGUGAACAAUCAGUGCUGGAUUCACUGAAGGUUCAUGGAAGUGUGCAUCUCAUCGGCUUUAGUCCGUCUCCAUCAUAGUUUUGUCUUGCCAUUAAAAGUGUUUUGUGUAACUCA